AUGACGACGACUCACAACAGCCUGUCCUAUCCGUGGUCCGCCCUGCGCAUCCCGGUUGCCGUCGCACCCUCGAUGAUGAUGGUGAUGAAGAAGACGGCGACGGCGCCACCGCCGCCGCCUCUCGUCUCGCCAUGCACUCUUACUGCCGCCCGCUCGCUACAGCUGACGGAGUCGUACCAUACCCGCCCCUUCCACGCCCUCAGUGGCGUCUCGGUAGAGCAGCUCCUCGCCAGCGUUGCAUGGACGCUCUUCACCGAGGAGAUGUUCCCUUUCUUUGGAGGCAUGCAAGAGUACGCUCUAGGCAAUGCGCGGCCCCAGAUCCGGGCCAAGACCUCGCUUUUCGAGGCUUUCCCACGUAGUCGGGGCGUUAGUCCUAGCAAGAACAAAUUUCCCACCGACGACCAGGUCGAAGGCUGGGAGAAAGAGGACGAGGACGAGGACGAGGACAAGAUCGAGGACAAGCAGUGGUGCAGGCCCGACGAUGGCGGGAUGGCAGCCCUGCUAGCGGUGGAGAUGGAGCAUGGAGGAAGUCCGUGAAAGCGCCUCUGCAAUUAGGCACGGUAAGGAUCACUGCAUGCCUCUCUUAAACACGACAGGUACACAAAAAUCUCAGUAUGAAAUUUAACAAAUCAGAUCCGAGCUUCAUACUGGUCCUUGGUAGGCAGGAUUCCCACUCCCUUGUCCGUCUCCUCGGCCUCGUCGGCCUGGGCAUUAAUAACCAGCGCAAUCGGCCCCGAGAAAUGCUUCCGACCAUACACCAAGUACCACACAACACUAACAACGGCAAAGCCCGUAAACACAACGCUGGUGUAGUUCAUCGUCGUCGCUGUAACCGGCAGGCCGACGGGCAUACAAAACAGCACAAUCGCAAACCCGACCCAAG